CACCUGUCGUUACCACUCAUCACCGCCGAAGACGAACCUAUCCAUUAUCAUCAGCGAUGGUUAAGGGACAGCGAACUAAAGGCAACGCAAAACCGGCGUCUAGUGAUCGAUCGGCCCAACUGUUGGCCACCACAGCGUCGGGCGGUUCGCUCAACACAGUCGUCGGCUUCUCGGCUCUGAGCGCCUCACUGUCCGCCUCCAUAGCCAGCGCCGCCACAGCCGCCGAUGACAGCACUGCCGCCAUCAUUGUGGCCGCCAAUAGCGGAACCGCUGCGGCCGCCGAUGACCUGACCAUUGAUGCAGACUUUCGGGUCAUAUUCAAGAAGAUGUCUAAAAAGGAUUGCAUCACUAAAGUCAAGGCGCUGCAAGAGUUUCAGCAAUUAAUUAAAGACAAAACCGAAACUGACGUGAAGUGUGUGUUGAGUCAGUGGCCGCGGACUUACAAUAAACUCGCAAUUGUAUGACU